AUAUUUGAACGCAGUAGUUGUUUACAUGUGCUGUUCUUCGGCUUACAAAAAUGGAGGAAGAAGUUGCCAGUGGUGGUGACAAUAUUGUUACUGAAUUUAACACUUAUGAAGAAUUUCUAAACUCACAGAUAACGUCACUUGAUUUAUUUUACUUAGAGGAUGAAGAGCUGGCAAGGCAGUUGGUGGAACUUGGAUAUCGUGGUAGCGGGGAAGUCCUCAAGCGAGAGGAGUUUGAGGCGCGGAAGGCAGCAGCUGAAGCCAGCAGGCUUUCCAAAAGGAGUCAACAAAAGACACUUGCACACACUGGGAAGGACCUAAGAAAUCCCUUCCUUAAAGCUCUGGCAUCAAAAGAAGAGGCUAACAGGAGCGGGAAAAUGACGACCAUUAUCUUUAUUCGAGACAAAAAUGCAAGAGGCCAGGAGAUAUCAGGAUACAUAGAUUAUGCCCACAGGAUGAAGACAGAGGAUUUCGAACCAUAUUUUGCGGGCAAGAAAAGAUUGCUACCAAGACCAUCAGAUUUAAGCUUUUAUAACUGGGAGACACAGACCUCAACAUCGAACCCCACCCCAAACUACCAGGUUAUUGCUGAAAAUGCCUCAGGGCUGCUGUUCAAGAACAAAAGAGACAGAAAAAUUAUAAAUGUGGACCCGAAGAUUGCGAGUCCAGGUGACAAUUCUACAAGGACUGUGAUAACAUUUGAUGAGGAGGAUGAAGCCCCUAAAUACACACAAGUCGUUAUUUACGAUCACAUCACUCGCAGAAAAACAUAAACACUUUUUGCCUUUUUAUACUGUUAUAAGACUCUUUAUAACUCUUUAUUUUAUUGUUUAAAUAUUCCAUGAAUCAUUGUUAUGAUAAUUUGUGAUAUUAUAAAUGUUGUUCAUUGGCAUAUCAAAAAAAUGAUACUUUUACAAAUCUUGUUU